UUGCUGUUGCCUGAAGCAAUCACUGCCUCUCUGUUUUCCUUCUAGAAGUUAGAAAAACAAUAUUUCAGAGCACACUUUCUGCAUUUCUUGGCAUUUUGCUUAACCUGCAGUGCUACCUCAGGAUCUCUCAGAGCGGAGAAACUUCUCUGGACUUAGAGAAAACCAAGCCAAGAGGAGGCGGGGAGAGGGCUUUGCUGGAAACAGCUUUGGGAAGCUGGAGACCUUCUCGGGAUGCCUGCCGUGGGCUUGUUCUCCUCUAGCAGCUAUUCAGAUCUUCACGGGUGAAGUCAGUUCCCUGCCACGGAGCAUCUGCAUUAAGCAGGUCUGUGCAAAGGGCCAGGCGUGCUCUGAGGGACGCAGAUAGCGGUGAUUCCAUAGUAAGCAGCCUGAGAGUGUUGCUGGCUCUGUCUGUCUUCAUAAGGUCCCCACAGGGCUGGGGAAGGCGGCACCCUGUGCUCGCUAUGCCCCUCUGCCGUCUAGCACUGGAGUUGGCUGUCAGAGAAACCUUCAAGGUCCCCUGCUCAGCCCCGGUAGUGUCAUGAGUUAGAUUAGCUGGAGCUGUGCUGGGGGCGGUGAGGGCUUGGAUUACAGUCCAGAACUAAAAGUGCUUCAGUGGUUCACGUCGGACAGGAGAGGAGACGCCUCGUCGCACACAUGGAGGAAAAAGAGAAAAAACACUGCCUUUGGAAGUGAGGGGGAAUAAAGGAGGCCGGGAACAUGGACUCGGAGUCACUGGACGGUUGCAUCCAGAAUACGUUAUCAGCACUCUACCCUCCGUUUGAGGCUACAGCAGCCACCGUUCUGUGCCAAGUUUUUGAUGUGGUGGACAAGACGUACCGUGGAGAUGGACUGCGCUACCUCAUAGACUUCCUGAUUCCAGCCAAGCACAUCCUGCAGUGCAUUCAGCAGGAUGCCUGUGUUCAAUACUGUGGCUUGCUGUUUCGCCAUGAGGGCUGGCCCCUGUGUAUUCACGAGAAGAUUGUAGUCCAGCUGGCUUCCAUUGACUGGCGGAUCUUGAAGCCUGGUGACUUCUACCUGCAGGUGGUCCCCUAUCUCAAAAAGUCUCCGCGAAUUGUACUGAAAUGUUUGGCAAAAGACAAUCAUAAUGUAGAGGAAGUCGUGAUUCCAGAAGUUUCCUAUACCUCUAUUUUUACUCUGGAAUGGUUGAGUACUAUCAAUGGAGAGCGGAUGGGUAUAGCACUGGAAAAUUGUUUACUAACCACUGAUGAUAAAAUAUUUCGUGUCCCCUGGGAUAAAGUGGUUAAACCUGAAUUUAUAAAUAAACCAAAAAUAAUUGAAAACAAUAUCAUCUCUCCAGAAAUAACAGAGGAAACUUCAGUUCUGUGCCUCCCCAUGGACCAUGCUGAGUGCAGUUCACCAGACCUAGGAUCUCGGUAUCUCCAGGAACAAAGUCCAAAUAGAGCCAACCUGGUCACUAGCAGCACAGCUCCGCAGUUGAGCGAAGCUCUUGUCAAUGGUGUGUGUACAAGUCCUGUGCUUCAAGAGAACUUGAAAAGUGACCUUGAAGGGGAGUACGUUGAGCUGACAGAAGUUUCACUGCCCAGGUUUGGGCCACAAACAGGCUCUUUAACCCAGUCACUAGCUUUAAAUUAUCUAACUCAGCCCAGAACACAAGUGAAUGCAUCUAAAGGCAAGCACAGGUUUAUUGUCAUUCAAGACAGUACCUACUCCAAGAACUUAAUUCAGUCAGCACUUAUGCAGAAAGAGCACUGUCAGGUGGACGCUCUGAGGACUUCUACAGAAGUUCUCAAAAAUGUAAUUCCAUUAGAAAGCAACAAAAUGAUGGCACACGGAGAACUGUCUCCAGAAGGUCAGCUGAUAUCAGGUGGUCCUAGAAACAUGGGGAAUAGCCUUCCUGUGACUGAGUCUCCUGCCUGCAGUGCAGAAGAUUCAUGUGCAGAGCAGGAGACCCACAGCAAACACUCAAUCGACUGGCGAUAUGCACUGUGCAGCUACAGCGAUGUGUGUGCUGGUGAUGGUGUCAACUGCAAAGCACAAAUGCCUGGUGCUCCUGGAAACGUGGAAGGAGAAAGUGGUGGUCCUAGUGGACAUCUUGGUGUUGAAACAUCAGAGCAGACUGCAGAAGCAAUUCUAGAUGCUGCUGCUCCACCUGCUAAAGAGGAGGUGACACUGAGAGGACAUGGAGAACCACUCACCGAGGGUCAAAAUGCGGUGACACAGAUGGAUCCCUGUCCAGUGUCUGUCCUGGGAGCUUCAGGACCGCUUUGCACACUGAAGGAAGGUUCUGAUGUUUCUUGCAAGAGUGUCAGUGAAAGUGUUGUGCAAGUCCAGGCCACUACAUUGCUUAUUGCGCCUGAGAGUUCAGAUGUAGGUGGGGAGAGAGGGUCUCCUUCAGGGAACAUGGCAGAUGUAGGAGCAGUCAGUGCUUGCUGCAGUGAUCAGGAAGCAAAUCUUAGUUCUCCAUUAAAUCCUCCAGAACAGAACCAAGGAGAAGUAGAUGAAUUUGAGCUGGGAAGAAGGGACAGCCCUGAGGAAGUCAAAGAGAGUGAACAAAUAUUGACUGUAAAUGAAUAUCAGACUAGUCAUAGUCACUGUUCUCUCAAAGCUCCUGCAGAUGGACUCUCUUCAGAUGGUGAAGAGCAAGAGGUCUCUGCAUGUCAGCAUAAGAAAGCUGAAGAAGCCAUACCACUCCAAACUGCUCUGCCAGCAGAGGAUGAUCAGACCGCAGAACAAUUAAAUAACAGUGACUCUUUGAUGGGUGCUGAUGCACAAGCAGAAGACUCAAGUCAGUUCAGACCCCAGAGGUCUGGAGAGAGAUGUGAGGAAUCACAAAGACAAGCAGCAAACCAGGGCCGUAAAAGUGAAGAGAACUCUGUGCUGAACCCAGAGUGUGUUGUAGGACAUGACUUGCAGGGAGGGGAGGAGAACCAGGGAAGUUUUUCUUAUGAGGAAAAGUCAAAGACUACAGCCUUAAAAACACUGGAAUCCAUUGAAGAGGAACUGGAGGUUGGACCACUGUCUUCAGGACCCACCAAGGGGUGUGCAGAGCCCAGCACUCUGUACUCCCACCCAGAGGCAGCUUCUGGGGCAUCAUCUCCUAAAGGGAUGGUGUCAGAAGGGGCAGAGACAAGGAAAGAAGCAGCUGGCACAGAUGUGUUGAAACCAGUGAGUAAAGUCAGUGCCCUGGAGGAAACCCCAACAGCUAGUACUCCCCCAACAUCCCCAGCUUCUGGGAAUGCCUGGGGUGGUCGGUCUGCACCUACCAUUGUCAAGGAUGUGAACCCAGAAGUGCUCAGGAGUGGAGUUGCCUGCCUACCUGGUACCAGAGAUAAAUCAGGACGUGCAGUGGCCAUAAUAACAACAAGGAACACAGCCUGGUUAAACCCCCACUGCAAUACCACUGAGCUUGUACGCCUUCUUCUGUACUUGCAUAGCAUCCCAAGACCAGAAUGUCAGGCUUUGGGUCUAACUGUUCUUGUGGAUGCUCGUCGCUGUUCACCGGUUCCUGCUCUCUUCAAGGCGUUCAGCAUAUUGCAGGACAUGGAUCCACAUUGUAUUCAUGGAGUACUGCUUCUGGUUGAAAGAGACCUGACUUUUCGGAUGGAGAAGCCACCAGCAGGACAGUUUGAACUUCUCACCUCCAUGAAAUCCCUCCAUAAGCACAUAGACAGCUCACAGCUCCCUAUAGAACUGGAUGGGACCUUCCCUUAUUGCCACCGGGACUGGUUAAGCUUCCGCAUGAAGCUGGAACAUUUGCUACAAGGAUGCCAAGGUGCUUGUGCCUUCCUCCAGGGAGCUAUUCAUAAAGUGGAAUCUGGAAAAUUACCAGAAAGAGCUGAGGAGGCAGCUGUGCUGCUGAGGAAUUACAGGCAGUUGAUGAAGAACGUUCUUGAAGAUGCACGGCUGGUCAGGCUGCAGAUGGAGGGUGGAGCGCUCCUGGCCAGACUGAGGAAGGAGGAGUCUUGUGUCACGCUCACCCAUGACUACAGAGACGCACUUGAUGCUGCCAGUGUGCUUUAUAAUCGAGUUGAUGAGGGCGUUCACCGACUGGUGAUGCUGUCGAACAAACGCAUCCAGGAACUGGAGCUGGUGAUGGAGUUUGAGAACGUGGAAGAAUGUUUUAAGGAGGUCAGCAGUUGGAUCGAGAAUGUUGGCAGAAAACGGCUAAAAGAAACGAUCAACCUGGAUGAUUCUUUGGAGAUGCUGCUUCAAGCACAAAAGCGUUUCAGGGAGUUCGACCUUAUUGCCAGUGAAUAUUGCAGAAGGGGACAGGAAGCACUAAAGAAGAUGGAUCGAUGGGAAGACUUUUCCUCUGUGGAUGUACGUUCUUACAGGGUAAAGCUACAGACCUACAAAGAUCAACUGGAAGAGUUCUGCGCUCAACUGGAUGAAAACAGGCAUCGAAUCUGUGAGACAGUCAGGCUAUAUGAAUUCUUUGACAAGGCAUAUGAGUGGGCCUUGGAAGGGAUGCGACACCUUGCCUGCAUCAGCAUGGAGGACUGCAGCUCUUCCGAACACUGUGCAGGUGUGAUCAAGUGCCUGGAGAGUUACAAGGGGCAGCACCCGGACAUCAGCGAUGCCCGGUUCCAGGAGAUGAAGGAGCUGGCCUGUGAGCUGAAGAGUGACAAGGGACUCAAGCAGUGGAAAUUUGCAUGGUCCAAAUGUCAGGAGACCAAGCUGGUUUUUGAAAAGAAACUCGAAGCAGCCUUGAGAACAAGGAGGUCUCUGCUGUCAGACCAUAAACCAGCUGCGGGGGAGCAGUCCUGGGCCAGCAGCGAGGCUGGUGGUCUGUCCCACCGGAGGCACUCUGAGGGGGCCACCUCUGGGUCCCACUGGGACAGGACUUGCAGUGCAUCCUACUGCUGCAGCAGGCCCAACCGCUCUUCGGCAUGGACUAAGGAGAAAGCUGCCUUGCCCUCCGUGAGCUGCCCUGGCGAUGUCAGUGCUGGGGAAGAAUUUGCCUGCCAAGCUGCUCUUAGCCCUGGUCCUCACUCAAGCAGAGUUUCCUUUGCCAGCGAGGCCUCCCAGAGUCCAAAGUUGCCUGAAGAAAAGCCAAACCUGGAGAGCAUAUUAGAAACCCUGGAGGUGAAGCCAUCCUGCACUUCCACGCCAGCCUCUGGGAAGCCACCUCCCAGGAGGGUACUCCGGAAGGCCCAAAGCUUUGACCUCCCCUGCGGUGAGAGCCUGUGGUCAGGCUGCCAGAGGACACUGAGUGAGCCGGCCAGAUAUGGCAACACCGGCGUCUUUAUUAAGGGACUGGAGGUGAGCAGCACUGAGCUGGUGGACAGGACUUUCGCGCUGCGACAGCAAGCAGCUCACAGCUGGGCUGCGGACUGCCUGCUGGAGGGACAGAGGGGCUGCCUCUCCGUGUCAGAAGCCAAGAGCUGGGGCAGCAAGCUGCGGCACAUCAUUGAUGAGAUGGUAACCACAGAGCGGGAAUACGUGAGGUCGCUUUGCUACAUCAUCGAUAGCUACUUCCCUGAGAUGGAGCGCCUCGACCUCCCCCAGGACCUGCGUGGGAAGCGCAGCGUCAUUUUUGGGAACCUGGAGAAACUCUAUGACUUCCACAGCCAGUACUUCCUGCGAGAGCUUGAGAGCUGCUGCAACCACCCACUGCGGGUCAGCCACUGCUUCCUCCGACACAAAGACCAGUUUGGGAUGUAUGCAUUGUACAGCAAGAACAAGCCAAAGUCAGACUCGCUGCUGGCCAGCCAUGGGAAUACCUUCUUCAAGUUCAAGCAGGUGCAGCUUGGGGAUAAGAUGGACCUGGCCUCCUACCUGCUGAAACCCAUCCAGCGGAUGAGCAAAUACGCCCUGCUCCUGAAGGACCUGAUCAAGGAGUGCAGUGAGGCGCAAGAGCAGGAGCUGGGCUACCUCCGUGCGGCUGAGGAGAUGGUGAAGUUUCAGCUCCGGCACGGAAAUGACCUGCUGGCCAUGGAUGCCAUCCGUGACUGUGAUGUGAACCUGAAGGAGCAGGGGCAGCUGGUGCGGCAGGAUGAGUUCACCAUCUGGCUGGGCCGUAGGAAAUGCCAGCGACAUGUCUUCCUCUUUGAGGACCUGAUCCUGUUCAGCAAGCCCAAGAGGAUCGAGGGUGGCUUUGAUGUGUAUAUCUACAAGCGCUCCUUCAAGACUGCAGACAUCGGUCUGACCGAGAACUCUGGAGACAGUGGCCUGCGCUUUGAGAUCUGGUUCCGAAGGCGAAAGUCCAGCGACACCUACAUCCUCCAGGCCAGCUCAGCUGAGACUAAGCAGGCCUGGACCAGUGACAUUGCCAAGAUCCUGUGGCAGCAGGCAGCCCGCAAUAAAGAAAUUCGUAUGCAGGAGAUGGUCUCCAUGGGUGUGGGCAACAAGCCGUUCCUGGAUAUCAAACCCAGCGAGGCAGCUAUCAAUGACCGUGCUAUUGAUUACAUCAUGAAAGGCAGAGGCGCCAGGACAAGAGCAUCAAUCGCAGUGUCUCUGUUUGACCAUUCGAACCCGUACAAGAGAACGCAGGUGCAGCUCUCCGCUGGCAGCACCCCCACUGCAUACAGCCCUUCCUCUUCCUCCUCCUUGCUGGGGCCUCUCAACCUCCACAUGUACCUGGACCAAGCUCUGCUGCCAGGCGUCCUGGCCCCCAGCCGCCCCUUCGACAUCGGCACCUGCAUCGAGGAAGAUGAGCUGGAGCACGAGACGAGCAGCCAGCCGUCACUGACAACAGAGAGCUCAGAGUCAUCGCACUGCAUGUCAGGCAGCGGCUCCAGCGGCUCUGACAGUGGCUGCGUCUCCAGCAUCCCACAGGAGAGCUUCUGUGAAGAUGUGGGCUCACCCCUCUACAUGCCCCUAGGCUCACAACACAGCUCUGCAAUGGAGGAGAAACCCAGGUUCACAAACAGCCAGUACAUUUCUGCAGUAAGUGCAAGCGGCCAAAAUACUCUCUUCACUUUGCCUGUUCCUUCAACUGCCUCCCCAGUUCAAGCCACUGCCCCUUGUGGGGGGACUGAAGAUGCUGCUUUUGGGCUAGGAGUCACUGUGGGGAAGUGACCUUUUCCUCUUGCGGAGACUUGCCGCCUCCGGGGCAGGUGAAAGUCCCUCUGUUGUAAGAGCCUCCCCUGCGGUGGCCAAGAUCCCCAAGGCGAUGCACUGGAAAGGACCUGCGGUGCUGGAGGCUGCACCAGGAGGGGAUGCUGCACACGCAGGAGCUUUAAUGCUGGCACAGGCUGGGGUACAUGUGUUACCUCCUGGGAUGGAUGGAGCUUUGCUGCAGAUGCUGCUAGGCUCCUUUCCUGGGAGAUUUGGGCCUUUUUGGGGGAGCGAUGAGAUGGAGGAGCGGGUGCCUGUCACUCUGAGAUGCCACUGUGUCUCCUCUCGUGUUCCUGAGAGUUCUCAGGUGCUUCCCUUCCCACUAGAUUGUGUCCUGAUGCUGUUGUCAUCUAAUCCUGUACUAAUGCUGGCUUCUCUCCUCUGCAGAAAGCAGGCCAGGUCACCAUAAGUCCCUCGACAGUAGUGUGAGCCUCUCUGCACACGUAUACUGCCUAAGGAAGUGGAGUUGUUGUAAGUAGCCCCUGAGAGGGAUUUUCCAGCAGCUCUGAGUGCUGGUCAGAUUUGUCAGUAGCGCUGAGUUAGAACUUCCCCCUCUGCCUCUUGGUGAGAAGUUUUCUGCACACGUUCCUUACCAGUCUGAGGCUCUGAUUCAUCGGGUUAGAGAAGACCAGCUCCCACAGAGCCCUCACCUUAAACAGCUGGUCUAGUGCCUCCCUGGUUUGAAGGAGCAGAAGCAAAACAAGGAAAAUCACUCUUGGGUAGUAGAGGCUUGACCACCACCCCAUCACCAGCAUUCAGAUGAGCUUCUUCCCUCCAAAUGCUGCCCAGCUGUCUAACCACUAAUCUGUUUCUUGUGGCUGUUUGCCAAAAUCCUGCUCUUAGUCCCUCCAAACUGCCUCAGGGAAUCCAUGAUAUUCUCCCAAGCUGGAUUUAUCCCACAGUUUCCUUUGAACCUCCGAAGGAAACCACACAUCUCCAGGCAGAGGAACCUCCUGGUUAUGGUCAGGGUGUCCUCAGGGCGCUGCCAGAUGUUGCUCCUGUACUUGCUGAUUUCUGGAGGAUGCCUCGUCUGUGAGGAAAUCACUGUUAAUCUCAGGAAGGAUGAGCCCUGGCAAGACACACAGCCAAGCAGGGCUUCCUACGUGUGGGUGGCAGCCCUUGGAGAGUUAUGUUGCGCCCCACGCAGCCUGCUUUUGGCUCAAUCUUUUCUUCUCCAUCCUCAGGACUGAGCCUCCUUUUUCACAGGGAGCAAAGUGGCAGGAACAUGGGAGAGGUGGGAUUAGGGUGUUAGUGGUCAAGGCACAGGGUGGCAGAUGGCUCGUAGCUUUGGCACCAUGGGGGCAUUACAAGCAUGUGGGCCCACGGCUUGUGAUCUGUAGGUGCAGGCGUUUAGAACUAGCUAAACAGAACCGGCCAGGGUUAAAAUUUAAGAUUCAGAGCCCCUUCUGCGCUGGGAGGAAGGGGGGAAGGGUCACAGACAAGACCUUUGAAGUGGCCACAGAAGCAUCGGGGUUUGCCGGCCCGGCCCGGCCCGCUGCUGCUUGGACAGCAGCACACUUAGCCUUUGGGUGAGUCCUGAGGUGCAGAGGCAGCCCUCUGCAUGGGGGGAAGAGCCUCACUUCUCCUGCCAGGCCCUUCCAGUAAAAAUGUUCUUUCCCAACGGAAAUGCAGCUCUGACAAAUCGUGGUUUUCAAGUGUGUUGCAAAAUGGCUGCUGGCCAGGACAGAGGGACCUGUGGGCUCCUGCCGCUUCCCAGGAGUGCAGCUGGCCUAACCAUUGCACGGUGCUGUGUUCCAGGUUUGAGUGCCAUUUCAAACUCGCUGAAGACCCCAGGCCUCUGACCUGCAGGAGGAGACAGUCUUCACCUAUGAAGAUAUUUUUUUUAAAACACAUAAUCAGGCUCUUUCAAACAGUCCAAAAACCUGACCUGUGCCUGGGGGAAGUCCCGGGACGGUUUCUGUCAAUGACACAUAAUAGCUUUGGUGUUGGAUGGGACCUUGGGCGUUCAAAACUUGUUAGCCCUGUAUUUAUGAGUAAUAAGUAACAUAGCAGGUUGGGGGGGGAAAAAAGGCAAACAAGAAAAAAAAGUAUUAUUUUUAAAGCUAUGAGCUGUACAGAUUUUUGUUACAAGUGACUCUGUUACUAUUCUCUAAGCUGCACAUUUUAUAAAGUUUUUGGAAGGGCAUGAAGAGAAACUGAGGUAUUUAAGAGUAGUGUAACUUUCUGUUUCAGGGUUAUAUUGACCUGGAGCUCCAGAUUUAAUGUCCUUCCUUAUGUUCUAAAUAUGUCUGUCAUAGCAAUAAUUUAUUUUCCUGGCUUAACACUUCUGUUUUAAUAAAAGCAAUUUCGUUGUUAUAGUCAAUUAUUUCUUCAGAUAAUUCUUCCACUGCCUCAAUGCUGAGCUUCUCUCUGUCUUAACCAUCCAUCAGCACUUCCAGUCUCCCUGUGCAAUUUCUGCACUAACUGUACAACCUGAGUUCGUUCUCGGGAGAGGGGGAAGAUCCCAGGUGGCAGCAUGUGGAGACUUCCCUGAUGCCAGUGGGAAGGCCAAGGCGGAGCAGGGAGCCCUGAGCAGCCAGCAGAGAUGUCACUAGGAGUGCCAAGGAGGGAGCUGGCUGGCGGGCGGUCAGAAGGCACAAAUCACUAGAUUUCCUGGCUCUAAUCCAAGCCCUUUACCCCACGUCGCUGCUGUCAUGGUGGCAGGUCUCGCCCCCUGCUGGUUCCAGUCGCACGGGGCGUCCUGGCUGUGCCCCCAGGGUUUGGGGGGACAGGGACUGGCUGCUUCCUUUGCCUCUGUCUCAGCCCCUCUCUCUGGUCCCGGCUUGUCUGAGGAGCUUUGGAAGGUGAUGGCAUCUGAGACCAACAGGUUUUGAGUAUAGUGGGUUGAUUAUAGUGCUGAACCGUAAACAGGUGGUGUUUGAAGUCACACAGUGUAACUGGAGGACAAAUGUGCCCUGUGUUCCAAGGCUGCCUAGUCAGGAGUAACAUCACAGCUCACUACGGGGCUGGGACACCUUCUCCCUCUUCUCAGAGGAAAUGAAAAUCAACAUUUUUGGAAACUGCAGUUACUUGCUGCCAAGCUCCUCUUUACUCCUGCUUUAUGAAGUGCUAUAAAUUGGGCGCCCCCGGGUGGGAGAGCAGUGGUGGCACGUGUAGCCUGAGGAAGAAGAUGGAGCAGUAAUUUAUUUAACUGUGGUUUUCUCCCCAUCGCUGCUGGGACAGAGGAGCUGCCUCCUGUGACGGAGUGCUGUGGUCUCCAACAUUAAACCUCAGCCACCAGAGUUACUCUCAAGGUAUAGACCCUCUCUUUUCCCCACUGGAAAUUGCUGUACUGUACAUAAACCUCUUGUUUGUUUUUAAUAAGCUGGAUGUUUUUUAAACGUUGGGGUUUUUUUAGACAGCAAAGAGAACAGUUUGACACCUUUGUACAAAAUUGUGUGGGAAACAGUUGCACAGGGAAGAUUUUAGAAAUUACUAUUUUAAAAUAUUUGCUCAGUUAAUGCAAGAUUUUUUGGGCUUCCAAGGCAGCACUGGCUGGUGUCAUAGGAGGGAGAGAACUUACUAAUGCAACAAGAGGAACAUAAAACUUCCUGAAUUUCUCCGUUUCAAAGGUUUCUGCAUUGCUGGAAAACCCUUUAGUAAUGUUUACCUGACACUGUUUUUUCAGGGUUUGAUUGAUUUGUCUAAUAAAGGUUAUUUUCUUUAUAUGAA